CUGGUGAUGAAAGCUAGAGCAACAUAAUGCAGAAGUUGCGUCAAGGAAUACCAAAUUUACUACUUUUGUUGCCAAUACUUUCUCCGCUCAUCAAUUCAUUGAUUCUGUCAAAUUUGCCUAAUUCAUCGACCAUUCUGAGCACAGCAGCCCAACUUCAUGCAUCGAACAGAACCAAUCCAACGGAACAGAAUGAGCAAAACGGGAAGCAACAAUGCGCCAAGAAGAGCCGAUUCGGGAAAUCGGAUAACUUUUCGGGUGCCGGAAAGAGCUGAACUUGCUCACUGCACAGGAAAGUUCCGUCGAGCGGCAAAGAAAGCCCUGUGCAUUGC